AUGACACUAGCACACAGAAAGCCGAGCUGGGGGGAGGGCGAAAGCUCAGACAAAGAAAAGGAGAACAAACUCGUGCGUCGACUGACUCGGCAGCGAUCGGAGAAGGAGGUUUUGGUCGGUACUCCGGUCAAGGAAGGGCAUACGAAUUUUGUACUCAUGUAUGACAUGCUGAUGGGCAUUCGGGUCUCGGUGUCGCGCUGUCAAGCGAAACCUCCGCGCUCGCUUUUCCGGGAGGAUUUUUCGGCAUCACACAAAAUGACGUUCGAUGUUGCGGGAUCUGAAGUGACGCCUUCAUCUCGAUACGACUUCAAAUUCAAAGAUUACGCUCCUUGGGUUUUCCGCUGCAUUCGAGAUGCUUUCAAUGUGGAUCCGGCCGAGUACUUGCUCUCCGUCACAGGGAAAUACAUCCUCUCGGAACUAGGCAGUCCAGGAAAAAGUGGCAGCUUCUUCUACUAUUCCUCAGACUACCGGUACAUCAUCAAAACAAUUAAGAGAGCGGAGAAGAAAGCUUUCAUGCGCAUAAUACACUGGUACUAUGAGCACUGUCGCAUAAAUCAAAAUACCACACUCUGCCGCAUUCUGGGGCUCCAUCGGGUCAAGCUGAAGGGUCAUCGCAAACUUCAUUUCAUCGUAAUGCUGAACGUAUUUCCGGGCAACAAAGAUAUACAUGAAAUGUACGACCUGAAGGGGUCUACAGUCGGGCGUGAAUUUCCGGAGGAACUUGCGAAAGAUGAUCCUCGUGCGGUCCUGAAGGACAUCAACUGGAUGAAUAGAGGGAGGAAGUUGGAGCUCGGACCAAAGAAGGCUCAGCUUCUGACGGAACAGCUCGAAAAAGAUGUUAAGUUUCUCGCAGACCACAAUAUCAUGGACUACUCCCUUCUGGUCGGAAUACACGAUAUGAAGCGGGGAAACACCGAAAACAUCAGGGACAAAACGCUUGGGGUCUAUGAGCCAAAUCCGGAUGCGGCUUUGGCAAAGCAAUUCACCGCUGCAUCACUCAUGAUGUCGCGCCCAGGGGCAACAAAUCCAGGAGCAGGGCCCAGCUUAGCUUCGGGCAGCACUUCUGCAGCAAGCAUAGGCGCUUCUGCUCCAAGGUCUCGAGCUGCUUGUGUGUUUUACGCCGACAAUGGCGGCUUCCAAGCAUCCGACGAGAACGACCAGCCUCUGGAUACACUAUACUACCUCGGGACCAUCGACAUCUUCACCACCUACGAUUAUGUCAAGAAGAUCGAGCAUUUCUGGAAAUCCUUUUCGCAGGACGCGCAUAUGAUCUCGGCAGUGCCUCCCCCGGAGUAUGGGCAACGGUUCCUCAAGUUUAUGAAGGGGAUCAUACGCAAAGCAUCGAAUUCCCAAUCCGAAAAUACCUCAUCAGAUCCACCCGACCGAGUGCAACACUUGGACGCCGCACCGGUCUCAGCAGGCACACCCGGUUCACCAGGCGGCCCCUCGUCCGCCUGA